AUGCUGGAAUAUUGGGUAUAUAUAGAAAUGAAAGGAGUUGUAUUGAAGUUUUACAUUGCACCAGUAGUCAUCAUAGCAUUUCAGUGUCAUUGCAAAACGAUGGAAAAGAACCAACUGAAACGCAAGCGAAAGAGAACUAAACUCCGAUGUCUGGUUUGCCAGCAAACGUUUGAUGACGAUUAUCGAAAACAACAUAACAAAAAGUACCAUGCAAAUUUGCUAAAGGUGGGAACAUCUAUUGCGUACGAGACUGUUGGAGCGCCAGCGAACCCAUUCGUUUUUUCACAAAGACACAAAAAGGUGAGUGAUAAUUACCUCCGUUUAAAAAGAUAUGGCAAAUAUUCAUAUAUAAACGGAAUGCAGUUGUUCGCUAUUCGCAUCCGUCCUAGUAACAUAAAUCACAUAUCCAUGGUUCAUUAGGUGUCUACAGAAUCUGUGGUUACUGGUGUUUUGAAAGCUGGACCUUCUCAUGUAACUGAAGACAAUGAAGAGUCAAGUCAGAACACCCAAGGCCCAUCCCAUCUUACCAUCAGUGUAAACAGUGAAAAUCCAGAACUUGUUUGUACGGUUCAAGAAGAAGACGCGCAGCACGAAGAUGAAAAUACACCACAGCAUGGCAAUGAAGAAGUUGAAGAACAGAGAACGGUAAUUUAACAUUUUUGUUGCGUGUGUUUUAAUCAAAAAGGCUUCCUAAGCUAUAUAAAGGAGUUCAAUAGCAGUUAACCCAUAACAGUAAUUUCUUAUUGUUAAACUUUGCAGAUGCCCGAAAAUCAGGAAAUUGGAGAAAAAGAAAGUGAGGAACUUCAAAGUGAUCAGGACGAAUCAACAGAAUCGGAAACGUGGAUAUCCUGUGCAGGUCACCUUCAAUAUCUUAAGUCGCAACUACGUGUAAGCGAAGAAAUUGCCAAUGAAAUUGAACCCUCUGAAAAUGUCAAUGAAGAAUAUUUCUUGAUCAGAAUAAAAGAAUUCACGAAGCAGGUAAAAGAAUCCUCAAGCCAUCUCCUGAAGCUAUCAUCCAAGGUCCUGGAAAAACUCGAAAGUUCAAAGGAUAACUUGACGAGUCUAACGAGGACACCGCCUUGCCAUUGCUUGAUCCUGGAGAAAGAUCAACCAACCUGACAGAAAACCAGAAGAAGUAUCUUAUCAGAGUUGGACCACAUCAACCGAUCCUGCAACAAUAUCCAAGUACUACCAGGGUUACAAAUGAAAGUCACAAGCAUUCGCGCUUCAAUCCAGCAUGGUUUAAAGAAUAUCCUCACCUUGAGUACAGCCUGUCAAAGGACGCUGCUUUCUGUUUCGUUUGCUCUUUGUUUGGUAAUAGUCCUGGCACGGAAAAGGCAGACAACGCAUGGGUCAAAGAAGGCGUUCGAUCGUGGGACAAGUUUAAAAGUUGUGGUACAAAGAAACAAGGAAAACUCGCAAAGCAUUUUUCGUCCCAGGCCCACAAUAGUGCACUCCUUUCCUAUGCUCACUUCGCCAAAACAUCCGGACACAUUGAUGUCCUGUUGGAUAAAGCAAGGCGUUCCGCCCUCAUUCAAGAAGAAAAAGAUCUUCAGCAAAACAGGAGAGUAAUUGAGAUAUUGUUGGAUAUAACCAAAACCCUUGGACGUCAAGAGAUUGCAUUCCGUGGUCAUGGGAGUGACGAUGACGGAAACUUCAAGCAAAUUGUACAACUAGUGGCAAAGUACUGCCCAGAACUUAGACACUGGUUGAACACGUCCAGGAUGCGCCCAUAUCACGUCACGUACGUUUGGUGUCGCUGACUGAAGCCGUGGACAAGACUGGGGAAGUUGGAGCAACCGAGAUUAUUGGAUCUUUAACUAAACAAGGGUUGAAUCUGGACGAACUGUGCUUUCAAAGUUAUGAUUACACAGCAUCAAUGUCGGGUAGGUUUAACGGUGUGCAAAAAAACCUCCAGGACAAGCUCGGGAAAAGUGUUCCAUACAUCCCAUGUUUAGCACAUCGUUCGAACACGGUCAUAGAACACAGUUGCAAGGCAAGCCCAAUUAUCACAGACCUUUUCAACGUUUUGGAAGCGCUUUAUGUGUUUUAUACGGGUAGCACAAAACGCAUGUCUUCACUAGAAGACUCGAUUCAGUCCAUGAAAGUAGACGAUCCACUGAACCUAAGAAAUCUCUCCAGAACUCGAUGGACAGCUCGCGCUGAGUCCAUAAAGUCUGUGUGGAUCAGCUACGAAGCCAUGCUAGACAGCCUUUCCAACCUGGAACAGUCGGAUGACGGUACUGCUUCUGGUUUGCGUUCCAAGUUGCUGCGCUUUGAUUGUAUUGUGUCAAUUAUGUUUACGAAGAACAUUAUGUACAAGACCAAGCGAAUGACGGCGACACUUCAAAGUGAAGACCUCAACGUGAUCGAUGCCAUAACUAUCGUUCAAUCGACAGUAAAUAACCUACAAAACGUCAAUGACAACAUCGAUGGAAUGAAUAAAGAAAUUCAAGCGGCUGCAUCAUUUGCUGAGAAACAUGGUGUAGAUGUUGGUAGCGAUUUUCUACGAUAUCACCGUCAAAGAAAACCCUCAAGGCGAAUCGAUGACAACCCCAAUACAACUGCAAAUUUAAACGUGGAAUCAUUCUAUCGAAAAGAAUUUAAAGUCUUAAUAUAUAUUAAAAAUUACAUUGAAAUAUUAUUGAAGUGA